AAAAACUUUUUUUGACUUGCAUCAAUGCCUUAUUUUUUUAAAACUACGCCAACGCUUACUCUUCUUUUUUUUCGCUCUUUUUUCUUCUUUUGAGCGUAAAUAGUGUUUAAUCUCUUUUGUACAAUGAACGCAAACGCACCCAGUUUUGUACCAAACUCUUCACAUAAAAAUGAUAGACCUUCUCAACAAAGAAAAAACAACAGCCAGAAGAAACGCCCGAAUAAGAAACAGAACUCGAGAAAUAGCAGUAAUCGAGAAUAUAGCCGAGUAAUAGACAACUUUCAAGAUAUGAAUUUAGCCCAAGUGGCUCAAAAAACAGGAGGAUCCGUUGAUAAAAAAGGACGCGUUUCUCUUAAUCAUCUUUUAAGCUUUUCUUUUCCCGAGAGACAAGAAGCAACCCCUUCACCACAGCGCAAAACCAAAGUAGUCACAUCCUAUCAACCUUUCAACAAAGAAAGAUUUAUCAAUGCAAAUUUCCGUUUUAUGUUGAACCCAACAGGCAAUUAUAUGUUUCAAUUAGCUGAUCCAGACACCAAUUUUGACUGGGAUACCAUUGAGCAAGUGCUUAUUUCUUCUACAGAAGCACAAGCUUGUCCUAUUUGUUUGUCUCCUCCUACCGCAGCUCGUGUGACAAAGUGUGGCCACAUUUACUGUUAUGCUUGUAUAUUACACUACCUCGAGCUUCGAGAAAACCCUAAACGAUUAUGGCGUAAAUGUCCUAUUUGCUGGGACUCUAUCUAUGAAGCUGAUUUAAAACCUGUGCGUAUAAUGAAGCCCUUUGCAGUCUCGGACCAUGAUACCAACAAACAUGCUUCUUUGGUUAGUGGUGUCACAGAGGGCGAUCGUGUGGACAUGUCAUUGAUUCAACGCCCUCAUCAUUCUACAUUAGCAUUUCCAUUAUCUGAUACUUGGCCAUUACCUCCUAAUGUAGUCUCAAAUUACAUGAAGCCAGAUACACCACUGAUUCCAUGGCAUUUCACACCUCAUGCCAUGACAUUUGCUCGAUUCAUGUUAGCAAGUCCUGACUAUUUAGAACAAGAAUACAACAGAGACUGUGCAGAGUUGAAUGAAGCCCUAUCAGACGCUCAUGGCUGGGGAUCUGCAGAAGAACUUCCAUUCAUUCAAACAUGCAUUGACCUGAUUCGAAAAAAGAUCAAGUCAUUACGUCAACAAAAGACAAAGGAAUUGGAACUAGCGAUGCAUACGUCAGAUAUGAUGUUUGAAGCUGUAGCUAAAUAUUCUAAAAAGCAUGGUAAAAGUCCACAGGCAGUUGUUCAACAAGACGAAGGGCCUGAAGCUUAUCAUCAAACGAGUAAUAUGCCAGAGACACUUGUUCGUUCAUCGAAUGACAAUACACCAGCAUCAGAUUAUUUCUUUUACCAAGCUGUGGAUGGUCAGCAUGUUUACUUGCACCCUCUUGAUAUCCGUAUUUUAAAACAUGAAUUUGGCGAAUACAAUCAAUUCCCUUCUACGCUACAAGUACAAGCAACCAGUGUUCAAGAAUCGACAUUAACAGAAGACCUUAGAAAGAAAUGUAAAUAUUUAGGACAUUUGCCCCUUGCUUGUGAUGUCACUUUUCUAGAGAUUAAUGUCAAGGACAUUGUAUCCCCUGAAACGGUUCAAGUCUUUGAUCAGGAAUUGACGGCUCGAGUGAAAAGAAGAAAGGACAAAGAAAGAAGAGAGGAUCAAAAGCGAAGGCAAGCAGAAGACAAGCAAAAGUUGCAGGCAGCAAAAGAACAAGAAUCAGAACGUCGUAUGCUUGAAAACGAUCCAUUCUUUUCCAUGUAUAAACCUGCUUAUUCACAGGAGGAAAGCGAACACCACUUAGUACAAGCUUUACAAGAAUCAGCAGCAGCAACACCAGUAGAGGAAUACGAAGAAGAGGAAGAAGAUAUGGCCUCCUCAACUCAUACAAGCCGAGGUCUACUUACAGUUUGGGGAACAAAACAAGUGGUUUCUAGGGAAGAAGAGCUUAUGAUGGACCAAACUCAUGAUUGGGCUGACCAUAUUGUCAUUACAAAAAGCCAUCGAAAGAAAAAGGGCAAAAAACAUUAAAGA